GCGCACCUUGUGUUUCCCUUGCGUCAUAGAGGAUUUUGACGAGCCCAGCUCGAGAAAUGGUGCUUUUCUAUUUACACCACAGAUAGCAGCAUGGGUUCCGUCAUUGGCGCUUUUGUUGAAUGAGCGUUUGCGCAACUGUUGGCGGAAUGCGCGCCUUGUGUUUCCCGCGUGUUUUAUAAACAAACAUGGCCACAUCCACGUGGCGUACUCGCGGGGGAGAUCUUUCUCCCUCAGAUGAUGAAAGCGCGAGUGAUGAGGAUGUGGUUGUCGAGUUUGAUUCUUGAAGUGAAGAAGAUAGUGAUGACGUUUUUACGGGCAGUGACACUGAAGAGGAAGAAAGCAGCGAUGAUACAAUGGCCAGCGCCCGCGAAUGGUACCGGAUAGGCGCCGACAACAUCCCAGUCAGACCUCCACCGGUUUGAAUUCAAGGGUUCUCCGGGAGUGACGAUCACAGUGAGCUCUCCCCCUCAACCACUUGAGCUUUUUGAGGCUUACUUUGAUGAUGAACUAAUUGAUGUUAUCGUAGUCGAGACAAACCGGUACGCCUCUCAGCUAUUGAAUUCGAGUAACCUGAGCCAACAUUCUCGCUGCCGAAAAUGGUCUGCACUUACGCGAGAAGAGCUUCAUGUUUCUCUUAGCCUCUUGUUGCUGCAGGGAAUUGUACAGAAACCAAAUGAAAGGAUGUACUGGUCGAGAAAUCGGCUGAUUGAGACUCCUGCUUUUGGCGAGAUAAUGCCGAGAAACAGGUUUCAACUCAUCAUGAGAAUGUUGCACUUUGUUGACAAUGCGACCAUCGAAAAUUUUGAAGGACACCCUCAGCCUCAUCUCAGAAAAAUCUGGCCAGUGUAUCAAGAGCUUCUGACCAAAUACCGCACGUUGUACGUGCCUGAGCGUGAUCUAAGUGUCGACGAGAGCUUGCUGCUAUUCAAAGGACAGCUCAGUUGGAAGCAGUACAUGCCCCUAAAGAGAGCAAGGUUUGGCAUCAAAUCAUUCGUGCUGUGCGAGUCUGAAAGCGGCUAUAUUUGGAACUCAGUAAUAUAUACAGGGAAAGGCACCAACCCUGAGAUCUCGUCAGUAGGAACAGAAACCUUCGGAAUGGCAACGAAAGUUGUACUGAAGCUUGCGGAGCCCCUCCUAGACAAAGGCUACUGCAUCACAACCGACAACUUUUACACAUCACCAGAAUUGGUUGACUUCCUUCUCAAGAGAUCUACUGAUAUCUAUGGCACAACACGAGCCAAUCGCAAAGACCUUCCUCCUGGUUUCGCCAGGGCAAAGCUCAAGAAAGGUGAAAUGAAUGCCUUUCAAAGGGGCAAGUGUUUGGCUGUACAGUGGAUGGAUAAAAAGCUGGCAACAGUUUUAUCCACGGUGCACAGUGCUAAAAUGGUGCCAUUCACUGACAAAAUGGGCAACCAAACCUUGAAGCCCGAAGCUAUCCUGGAUUAUAACCAUACAAUGGGAGGAGUCGACAGGGUCGAUCAGAUGCUGUCCAGCUACUCAGUGCCACGCAAGCGAAAGAAGAUCUCAUACAAGCAGAUCUUCCAACACUUAUCGGAUGAAGGGACCUACAAUUCAUUCGUCCUAUAUCAGAAACGAGGAGGCAGAGCAUCUCAUCUGGAUUACCGGCUCAAACUUAUUGAGGCGAUCAUCACCAAUUACUCCCGUAAGAGCAGUACCAAAAAGAAAGGGCGGCCGAGAUGUCCCCUGAACAUCAAACGGUUUGAUGAGCACCACUUUCCGUCGCAUAUACCAGCAACAGAGAAGCAAGAACCAACACGCCGCUGCGUAGUCUGCUACUUGAAGCGAGACGGAAAUGGUAAAAACAUCCGCAAGGAAACCAGGAUCUGGUGCAGGUGGUGCGAGAAGGCUCUCUGCGCAGUGCCGUGCUUUGAACGCUAUCACACUAAGUGAACUAUCAAGGAAUAGUGCAUCUUGUGCGCGGCAAUUCAAUUCCAACCCUUACUUUCUAGAGUUGCAGAAAUUUUUUUCAGAAUACACCUUAAAUACCCCAUGUAUUAUAGAGUAAUAAUACAUGAUGGAGCGAAGAAUGGCCAAUAAAACAUUAUUAUCUGCCGAAAAAAGUUUUCGCAAAUAUUUUUUUUUGUUUUGAACACAUUACUGAAGCAUUUCGCAUCAUAAAAAAUUUGGCAAUUUUGGAACAGAUUUUUUUUUUUUUUGUUAAAUGAGCCCUUAAGGGGUUAAGUCAGGGCAAUACUGUGUUCUUGCAUGCAUCGCUCGGUAGCCCCUUGCGGCCUGAGCUCGCGCACAGCAGUGCUGUAAGCAACAGCUGACGCGGCCCUGUGGCUCGCUAAGCUCGAACCCGCAGUGGUUGGUCUCCUGCGAGACAUUAAGACCCCACAAGGUAAAAUGUGUAUUUUUUUUCUUUUUGCUGCACUUUUUGGACCGAGGCAGCACAGAUUAUGCACUGCACUAGGUACACAAAAAACGUCGACUCAUGUCAGUAGAGACAUGCGGCCGUUCCAUUUGAAACAGGCGAUCAACAAACAAGAUAGCAGCCAUGAUGUUUUUCCAGCGCACGCACUAACUUCAGCUGAUUGGCUGUUUUUGUGAACAAAAAUGGCAUCAGCCUCACAAGCACGCUGUGACAGCAUUUUAAGCAAUUCAAGGGGGCGAAAAAGUGCAUUUGAGCACUUCAUGUACUCUGUUAGUACUCUGUUAGCAUUACACGGGUAGAUAAACUUUUUUCAUUGUGCCGAGAAUUUCGUUGUCUCGGGCUUUCGUUAUCGCAGGGUUCGACUGUAUAUACAUUUAGCGCAUACUGUAACACCCCCCUCAUGAAGACAAGUGCUCCCUUUCAAAAUGUUUGUUAACCAUGUGUUGACUGAAUACAGUAGAACCCUCCCGAUAUGUUUUUCACGGGACCGUUAAAAAAAAUGUAGGAGCCGGGAAAUGCAAGAACCGAGAAACAGGAAAAACUGAGAAAUUAUAGUGGUGGUGAGCUGCACACAAUUUUAUUUUUAAAAAGGUCGCAGCUUCACCCGAAAGCCGAAGUAUCAAUUGCA